ACAAACCCAUAAAUUACUUUCUCAAUGACCAAAUCAUAAAUAUGCCCAGGUCUGGGAAAGACUUCAGCUACAAGGACUCCGGUACUAAUGGUGCUCCCGCGACUACUCUGGCAGCUCUAACUCAAACUCCUACCACUACUCAAACAGUAACGGGUCCUACUAUUACUCCAACCCCGAUGGGAGCACUUAUUACAAUAACGGCAAUGGUGGCUCGACUUAUACCCCUCCUAGUGGGAAGAAAUAGGCGGGAUUUGACGGGGUGCUGAGGGAUCCUUAACACCUGUGUUAGCUUGAAGAGAUUAUCCCAUGGCUGUUUCAGUUAUUGUGGGGAUACUUCGUGACAGCAACGAUACGGUUGCAGAGUAUCAUAUAGAAGCGAAACCUUGACUGGCUUUGCCUUUCGGUGCAGUUUCUUUUAUUGUUUUCCUUUCUUUACUCUCUCUCCUUCUCUUUCUCUCUUUUCAUUUCUUCUAAUUUUUCCCCUGUACGUUGAGGUGGCUUGUAGUGGAAUGCUGCCGGCUCGAAGACCUUGAG